AUGUUCACUCUUAAAUUAAGAUUAAAAUAGAUAGUAUUCUAGCUUCGAUUAUCUCCUGUUGAUGAGAUAAUAAUACGAAAACAAAUACUAUUAUACGUUUAUUGUAUUAUAUAUAAAGUUAUUGUGUAUGAUAAGAAAUUCUAAACUUGUGGAAAUGAGGGAAUUCGAAUUGAUAAGGAGAGUUAAGGGGGAGGAGCAGAGAAUGGAAAAGAAUACUGA